AUGGCGUCCCAUGAUCAGCAGCAGAGACAGAGCUACAGAGCUGAUGACGAAGCCAAGGGCCAAGCUCAGGAAAGUGCCGGCCAGGUGACGAGCUCAGUAGAGGACAAGGCCCAAGAAGUAGGGGACCCGAUCUACGACACGAAACAAGAGGUAAAGGGAGUAGUCAAGCAGAAGGCCUCAGAGGCAGCCCAGAAAGCCCAAGACACAGCCCACUGCAACAAGGACAAAACUGUCAUGCAUGGACAAGGAGGAUGA